AUGAGUGCAAAGAAAUGUGCUCGUGAGGAGUGCGGGAAGACUGUCUAUCCUUUAGAGGAACUUAAAUGUUUGGACAAGGUUUGGCAUAAGCAGUGCUUCAAAUGCACAGUAUGUGGAAUGACACUUAAUAUGAAGAAUUACAAAGGAUAUGACAAGAUGCCUUAUUGUGAACCGCACUAUCCAAAAACUGUUGCAUCCGUGGUUACUGACACUCCUGAAAUGCGGCGAGUUGCUGAAAACACAAGAAACCAAAGUCAGGUCCAAUAUCACGCCGCUUAUGAAAAAGCCAAAGGCACGAAAAUUGAGGUAGCUGACGAUCCGGAAAUGGAACGACAUCGGAAAAAUAUGCAGGCACAAUCACAAAUCGCUUACACUGGAGAGCUGGACAAAAGAAAGAAGAUGGAGGAAGUACGUCCCAAUUUCGUGCCAGCUGAAAAUACUGGUUUUGGCCGAAUUAUAUGCUCUCCUUUACCGUUCAAUGAUGUGACCAUCGGAUCCCCAAAUACAACGUCAUCUGGAAAUCUUUCGACUUUAGUCUAUUCAUCUGAUAACAUUUAUGCAGUGCAACAGCCACAUCAACAGCGAGUCGUAGGAAGCAUUGCGGAUUAUGAUCCUAUGAACGGAAGCUGGGGUACGGUGGCUAGCUCCCGAAACAGUGAAAAAAUCAAGGAAAUUGGCAGUCGUGCCGCUUCUGGAGGAACAACUAAGGUUUCGGCGAUUUCACCGAGCGGUGCUGCUGGGUUCGCAGUGAAAGCAAUUUAUGACUACACAGCUGCUGACAAGGAUGAGGUUUCUUUCCUAGAAGGGGACAUUAUCGUUAACUGUGAAAAGGUAGAUGAUGGUUGGAUGACUGGGACAGUUCAGCGUACACUGCAGUGGGGAAUGCUUCCUGCAAAUUAUGUACAACCACAUAAGGCGCCUACUGGACUCACAAGGAUUAAGUAG